GGCCUGUGGCCCGGGCUUCGUCUUUUGAGUCGGAAAAGCAGAUUCGCCUUGCUAACGCGGCCGGAGCUAAUCCCGGCAAGGGUUGAGUAUUUGGCGAGGAAAGGUCUGCACUAGUGAGGGGCAGGCGUUAAGAAAGACGGCAUUAAUCUCCUGCCGCAGCUUCUGCCCGUCCAAUCUUCGGCCUUCUCCUCCAAGAAGUGAAUCUAAUGCCGGAACUCAACGAUCCAGUGACUCGGCAGGAAAAGAUGGCGACCGUGUGGGAUGAGGCUGAGCAAGAUGGAAUCGGGGAGGAGGUACUCAAAAUGUCCACGGAAGAGAUCAUUCAGCGCACACGGCUGCUGGACAGUGAGAUCAAGAUCAUGAAGAGUGAAGUGUUGCGAGUCACCCACGAGCUCCAAGCCAUGAAAGAUAAGAUCAAAGAGAACAGUGAGAAAAUCAAAGUGAACAAGACCCUGCCGUACCUCGUCUCCAACGUCAUCGAGCUGCUCGAUGUUGAUCCCAAUGACCAAGAGGAAGAUGGUGCCAAUAUUGACCUGGACUCCCAGAGGAAGGGCAAGUGUGCAGUGAUCAAAACCUCUACACGACAGACAUACUUCCUGCCUGUAAUUGGGUUGGUAGAUGCUGAAAAGCUGAAGCCAGGAGACCUGGUGGGUGUGAACAAAGACUCCUAUCUAAUCCUGGAGACCCUGCCCACAGAGUACGACUCAAGAGUGAAGGCCAUGGAAGUGGAUGAGAGGCCCACAGAGCAGUACAGUGACAUCGGGGGCCUGGACAAGCAGAUCCAGGAGCUGGUGGAGGCCAUUGUCCUGCCAAUGAACCACAAGGAGAAGUUUGAGAAUUUGGGGAUCCAACCUCCGAAGGGGGUGCUGAUGUAUGGUCCCCCGGGCACGGGGAAGACCCUGCUGGCCCGGGCUUGUGCUGCACAGACUAAGGCCACCUUCCUGAAGCUGGCUGGCCCCCAGCUGGUGCAGAUGUUCAUUGGGGAUGGUGCCAAGCUGGUCCGGGAUGCCUUUGCCCUGGCCAAGGAAAAAGCCCCAUCCAUCAUCUUCAUUGAUGAGCUGGACGCCAUUGGCACCAAACGCUUUGACAGUGAGAAGGCGGGGGACCGGGAGGUGCAGAGGACAAUGCUGGAGCUUCUGAACCAGCUGGAUGGGUUCCAGCCCAACACUCAAGUAAAGGUCAUUGCAGCCACUAAUAGGGUGGACAUCCUGGACCCUGCCCUGCUCCGCUCAGGUCGCCUGGACCGCAAGAUCGAGUUCCCAAUGCCCAACGAGGAGGCGCGGGCCAGGAUCAUGCAGAUCCACUCUCGGAAGAUGAAUGUCAGUCCCGAUGUGAACUACGAGGAGCUAGCCCGCUGCACAGAUGACUUCAAUGGCGCGCAGUGCAAGGCUGUGUGUGUGGAAGCGGGCAUGAUCGCACUGCGCAGGGGCGCAACGGAGCUCACCCACGAGGACUACAUGGAGGGCAUCCUGGAGGUGCAGGCCAAGAAGAAAGCCAACCUGCAGUACUACGCCUAGCGGGGCCGCCCGCCAGGCCUGCUCCCUGAUCUCUUCCUGGUUAAAAUAAGUAAUAAAAGAUGGUUUCAGGUCCCUGCCA